UGAGAUUGAAACUGUAGAAAAAUAUUUAUUUAAGUCAUUAAUAGAUUCUAAUUUAAUAGACUCUAUUAACAUGAAUGAUUUAAAAAAGGCAGGCUGGAGUCGAGGUGCAAGAACAGAUAAAGGAGUACAUGCCUUAAUAAACGGAAUAAAUGUAAAAUUAGCGGUAACAAAAGAAUUUUUAAGAGAUCCUGAUAUAGAAAAAGAACAUGUGCUAGAAAAUGCAAUAAAUACAAAAUAACAAUAAAAGAAUGCAAUUGAAAGAAAAAAUCAAAUAAAUUACGAUAAAAUAAUAUAAACAUUAAAUUCAAAUUUGCCUUAGGACAUUCGUAUAAUAUCAUUAAAAUAAGUUACAAAAAAAUUCGACAUAAGAACUGCUUGUUCACAUCGAAUAUAUGAAUAUAUAUUACCUUUAUUUAUGUUAUAAAAAUUUGAAGAUAUAAAAGAAAAUAAGAAAGUUUUUUUGUAAAUUGAAUAGUAAAUCUAGGAAAAAAUAAAUCAGAUUUUAAAAAAGUUUAUAGGGACAAAAAGCUACCAUAAUUAUACAAAAUAACUUAAAGCAGGUGAUUCUAAAUGCAAAAGAUAUAUUAUUAAUAUGAAAGGUCAAAUUUUUGAAAAAAAUUAAGAAAAAUUUGUUAGAUUUACAUUUUUUGGAUAAAGUUUUAUUUAUCAUUAAAUUAGAAAAAUGAUAGGCAUGAUUUGUAUGGUAUUUUAAAAAUAACUUGAACUCGAUUUCAUCGACAAGAGUUUCGAAAAAGAGUUUACUAAGGUUUGGUUAGCUCCUGCACAUGGACUUUUUUUAAAUCAAAUGGUAUUUGAUUAAUAUAAUAAAAGAUAAGAAAUUCCAGAAUUAAUUGUUUGGGAUGAAAAUGAAAUCAAAAGAAUUGAAGAAAUGAGAAAUAUUAUUGAAUACGUUGUUAUGAAUGUUAAUAUUGUUUAGAAUUUAUAUUUCUAAUGGGCUAAAAAUGUUAAUGAAGGCAUUGAAAUUCAAGAAAUUGACGAGGGAUUAUCUAAUGAUGGGGGUGAUUGA